GAGCUGCGGGACGCGCCAUGCUGCCCGCUGCCCUCCGCCGAUGGCUCCGCCGACCCAAGCGCUCCGACCCACGCCUGCUCUCCCAGUUCUUCUUUGCCGACGAGAGGGUGGCACGGGUGGUGGCCGAGAUCAACGGGCUGGACGCCGAGCUGGACCCGCAGCAGUACCUGGUGCUCCUCAACCAGCUCCACCUCAGCCAGGCUCACCUGCUGGCCGUCCUGGAGCGCAUCAUGGACGAGUGCAUCCCCACGCAGCGCCACAGCCGGGACUACCUGGUCAAGUUCCCCGAGGAGCUCUUGGUGGACAACCUGGGGAACCACAUGCUGUUUGCUGCCGAGUGUCUCCUGGCUGGGACCUUCCUGGAGAUGGAGGAGUCAGACGGGGCCCAGCUGCGGCCCCAGGCCAGGAAUCUGCUCUGCAGCCUGGAGCUGGUCCGGACAGUGCUGCGGGAGCAGAGCCUGAGCCAGCCCAACUCCUACCCAGAGCCUGUCCGGGCUGUGCUCAUCCAAUUCGACCGGCUCUUUGCAGAGUUUGAGCUGAGCUACGUGUCCUCGCUGGUGGCAGUGAAGUCUCCUGAUGAGAUCUACAGGCAGCAGGAGAUCAUUGUGCUCUUCUGUGAGACCGUGGAGAGAGCCCUGCACCUGGGCUACCUGACCCAGGAGAUGAUUGAUGGCUAUGAGCCACUGCUGAUGUUCACCAUCCCUCGCCUGGCCAUUAUCAGUGGUCUCCUCAUCUACCCCGAGGGACCCCUCAGCCUGGAGCGGAGCCCUGAGGAGAUGUCCCGGGUCUUCAGCCCCUUCUACAACCUCCUGAAGAAGAUCAGGGACCUGUUGCGGGUGCUGUCAGCAGAGGAGCUCUGCGUGCUGGAGAGGAGCCUGUGCACAGCUGAACAGGAGGAGCCCUGCAGUCCAGAAACCCCCCCAGCCUGGGGGGCAGCUGUGCCCAGUGUGGACCCUCCUGCUCCCUUCAGUCUUCUGGAGGUCCCUAAUGCCACCCAACCACUCCCCACCUGCACGACACAAGUGGCACCCCCCAGUGCAGUGGAUGAUCUGGGCACUGACUGGCAGCAGGGGUGUGCAGAGGGCCAAGAUGGCAAAUCCCUGUCCACUGGGACAGGGGUAUCUCACACCAUCCCUGGUGUAAUGGUCACCUCCCCCCUGCGCAGCCCCCAGCCCCUGGGGAGCAGCCCAGGGGUGGGGGUCAGUGCCAGCCCCGGUGCCCGCUGCUCGGAGCUGCGCUCCCGCUACAGCAGCACCAAGGACAUGCUGCACACCCUCUUCGUCUGCAUCUCGGGGGUGGCCGAUCAGCUCCAGACCAACUUUGCCAGUGACAUGCGAAGCAUCUUGAAAACGGUCUUCAAGAUCGUGUGCUCGCAGGCGGAGCCCUCAGAGGAGCAGAGUUACAACAAGGAGAAAGAUGGUGACUCCCGUGUGACAGAUGCUCCUCGUGUGGCUGACUGCCCGCUGUGCUCCAGCCCUGCAGAGGCUGCCAGGCUCCGGAGGGCAGCAGGUGCCCGGCCCCUGCCCGAGUGGGUGCCGGACAGCACAUGCAGCCAGUGCUCUGCCUGCCGCUCGCCCUUCACGCUGCUGCGCCGCCGGCACCACUGCCGCAGCUGUGGGAGGAUCUUCUGUGCCCGCUGCUCACCGAACACCGCCGUGCUGCCCUACUACAGCCAGAGCAAACCCGUCCGUGUCUGCACCCACUGCUACAGCACGCACCUCCCGCCCGCGUCCCGCUGUGCCCGGAGCCAGUGAGAGCCCCUGUGCCCGAUCUGCACCCCGGGAGCCGCACAGCUGGGUGCCCAGGGCCGCUCCGGGGCUGCCGGGCAGCGCCUCGGCCCGUGGCUCUGCUCAGAGCUCGGUGGGCAUGGCGGCAGGACCCCCCCCCCGGCGUUGGGCUCCCCCCGGUGCACAGGGGCAGGACCCCACGCACGGCAGCAGCCCGUGCGGAGUGAUGGUGGGCGCAGGACCGCCUCUCCUGGAGCACCCGGCCUGCCCUGCUUUGGGUGAGCUGCCGUGCACCUGCCCCCCGGCUGGAAAUGUGCUUCUUGGUGGUUUUUUUUCAGGUGAACUUUGGCUGCUGUUGGGCCCGGGGCAGAGUCUCCCCCCGGGGCCUGGCCUGAGAAGGUGCAAACAGCCCUCACAUGACAGCGGGUGCCCCGGGGCCGCCCGUGCCGUGCCGUGC